AUGAGUUCUGUCAACUCGGCAACUGUUCUCCUGAACAGAGUGCUGUCACUCAAAGAGGUAUCGCCACUGCUACUAGUGCUGGAUUCUGUUAUUCAGUCAAGUUACUACUUCCAGCAAGAGCUCAUACACAAGGCCAAGAGCGAGUCCGUUCCUAUCACAUACUUAUCCUUUGAGACUCUCAACCGACCCGAAGUGGAUGAGUUCGUGCUUUGUGACGAACUGUCUCCCGAGAAAAUUAUUGCUAAAGUUGGCAAGAAUACAAAACAGUUAGUGAUAAUCGAUUCGAUCAACUAUAUUCCUGAAAAUCAGCUCAACAGUUUCCUGCGCGGGAUAAUAUCGCCCACUACAGUCCUCUGCGCAACUUACCAUACCUCAAUUCCUCAGGUUUCAGCGCCUGGCUCUCAGAACAUGCCAACCGCUAUUCAAAGGCUGCUGUUCAUGGCAACGACAGUUUUUGAGUUAAAGCCUGCAAACUCGUCACUGACAGAUGAGGAACUGGAAGUUGCGUCUCACAAGCUGGAGAUUCCUGUUGGGGUAUCAAACAAGCCAAUUUUCGAGACCAAGAUGACUUACAGAAGGAAAUCUGGCCGCGCUUUGGAGUAUGCAUUUACUAUAGACACACUGACUCACGCAUACCAAGUAAAGCAGGAACGCGUUGCCGACGGAGACGACGCCGAGCUGCUGGAAAAUCUCACAACUUUUAACUUGACCACCACACAGAAACAGAAGCUGGCUCGUGAACAGGUGGAUCUUCCAUUCUUGCAGGCCCAGCAGUCUUUGGGAGCCGUGGGAGGCGCCAUUGUUUACGAGUUUGAAAAAGAUGACGACUACGAUGAGGAUGAUCCUUAUGAAGAUCCGUUCUGA